UCAGGAAACCAUAGCACCAUUACAGAAUUCAUCCUCCUUGGACUAUCUGCCGACCCCCGCAUCCAGGUUAUGUUCUUUGUACUUUUCCUGUGGAUUCACCUCCUAACCCUGAUAGGGAAUCUGAUGAUGAUGGCUGUCAUCGGGAGGGAAUCUCACCUCCAUUCACCCAUGUACUUCUUCCUCAGUCACCUCUCUUUCCUGGAUCUUUGUUUAACUUCAUUCACUGUGCCCAAGAUGCUGGAAAAUCUCCCGUCACAGAAAUCAGUAUCAGUAGAAGGUUGCCUUUCCCAGGCUUUUUCUGUGUUUUCCAUUGCAGGGACAGAAGCCUUCAUGCUCUCUGCCACGGCUUAUGACCACUACGCUGCCAUCUGUCACCCUUUGCUCUAUGGCCAGCUGAUGAGUAAACAGCCAUGUGGGGGUCUAGUGUGGCUCUCCUGGGGACUGGGCUUUCUGGAUGCUCUCAUUAACACCCUCAUGACUUUGAGCUUGGACUUCUGUGGGGCACAUGUCAUGCCUCACUUCAGCUGUGAGCUGCCAUCUCUGUUCUCUCUCUCUUGCUCUGAUAUCUCCAUCAGCUUUUCAGUCCUGGGGUUCUCCACCAUUGUGCAUGCUUCUGGAACUUUACUCCUGGUCUUCUUCUCAAAAGCCCGCAUUGUCUCCACCAUCCUGAACAUCAGCUCCACUGCAGGCAGAAGUAAGGCCUUCUCUACCUGUUCUUCCCACCUCACCACAGGGAGCUUCUUCUAUGGAUCUGCUUUUCUUCGCUAUCUCGUGCCAACCUUAAGUUCCCUGCUGGAGUUGAUUUUUUGCCUGCAGUACAGUGUGGUCACUCCCCUAGUGAAUCCCCUUGUCUACAGCCUGAAGAACAAGGAAGUAAAAGAAGCUCUGAAAAGAACGCAGCAAAAAGGUUUACAGCAUUUCAGAGAGCAGAGAACAGGUAGGAAUGACUGGGAAAUGCAAAAGCAUCUCAUCAGAUGUUUGAAUAACAAGUUGAGGAAAACUUUUCUUAGUUCAUAA